CACAAUUAUUCAUAUAAAAACCAGAGUAAAUGCUUCAAUAAUUACACUCAACGACAACACUCACCACCAACAUGUACUCCAAGGUUGCUGUAUUUUUGUGCGUGGUGAGCCUUGCCUCAGCGGGGCAAUUGCUGGAAGCGGUUGAGCCAGCAUACAGUUCAGCUCCUGCAGUGUCUUCCGUAUCAUUCACAUCUCACACGUCUCACUCUCCUUCCUACGCUAGUUAUGAAAGCGCACCUAUUGUAAAGUCCUAUGAAAGUCCAGUUUAUGAAUACUCUACUCCCAUUGAAGCCAAGAGCUACGUGGCUCCUGCAGUUUCCUACUCCGCUCCAGUGUACGCCAAGUCUAUCUCUCCGGCUGUCUCUUACUCUUCAUAUUCAAGUCACUCUGCUCCUCUGGCCUACGCUGCGGCCGCACCCGUCAUCGCCAAGACUUACGGCACUCCCAUCAUCGCCAAGUCCUACGCUGCUCCCGUCAUCACCAAGACUUACGCCGCUCCUGCUUACACCACAUACGCCGCUGCGCCCGUUUUGGCUAAGGCUAUCGUCCCAGCGGUAUCCUACUCAAGCCAUUCAGCGCCUAUCGCCUACGCUGCGAGUCCCGUCAUUGCGAAGUCCUACGCUGUUCCUGAAGUGGCCACAUACUCCGCUGCUCCCGUAUUAAAAUCUGCAGUGACCUAUGGUGCCAACUAUGGCUGGUGAUUUGUUUGUACUUUAAGUAUUAAAAAUAAAAAUGUUUCAAACAUUUUUAUUAUAAAUAAAAGUGAUCAUUAUAAAUAAAUGGUGU